AUGAGUCGAGUGUGUAUUGUUGUUUUGGAGGAGGUAGAAGAUGAAUCUCCUGCAUUCAUUUCUAAAUUGCCACAGGAAAAUAAAUCCCUUCAUUCUCCAUCUUCUGGAAAUGUGUUGCCAUCACUGGUGCAAGCUAUAUUUAAUGGAGAUCCUGAUGAAGUUCGAGCACUAAUAUUUAAGAAAGAAGAUGUAAACUUUCAGGACAAUGAAAAGAGAACCCCAUUGCAUGCCGCUGCGUAUCUCGGAGAUGCAGAAAUCAUUGAACUGCUUGUUUUAUCUGGAGCUAGAGUUAAUGCCAAAGACAGCAAAUGGUUGACACCUUUACACAGAGCAGUUGCAUCUUGUAGUGAGGAAGCAGUUCAGGUACUUUUGAAGCAUUCUGCAGAUGUUAAUGCUCGGGACAAAAAUUGGCAAACACCUUUACACAUAGCUGCUGCUAAUAAAGCUGUAAAGUGUGCUGAAGCUUUGGUACCUCUGCUGAGUAAUGUGAACGUGUCUGAUCGAGCAGGGAGAACUGCAUUACAUCAUGCAGCUUUCAGUGGACAUGGUGAGAUGGUCAAACUACUCUUGUCUAGAGGUGCCAAUAUUAAUGCUUUUGACAAGAAAGAUAGGCGUGCAAUCCAUUGGGCGGCAUAUAUGGGUCACAUUGAAGUAGUAAAAUUACUUGUGGCUCACGGAGCUGAAGUGACAUGCAAGGAUAAGAAGUCUUAUACUCCUCUUCAUGCGGCAGCCUCUAGUGGAAUGAUCAGCGUAGUCAAAUACCUUCUAGAUCUUGGAGUUGAUAUGAAUGAACCAAAUGCCUUUGGAAAUACACCUCUUCAUGUAGCCUGCUAUAAUGGACAAGAUGUUGUAGUGAAUGAACUUAUAGACUGUGGUGCUAAUGUCAAUCAAAAGAAUGAAAAAGGAUUUACUCCUUUGCACUUUGCCGCUGCUUCAACACAUGGAGCAUUGUGUUUAGAGCUUCUAGUUGGCAAUGGGGCUGAUGUCAGUAUGAAGAGUAAAGAUGGGAAAACCCCACUGCACAUGACUGCCCUCCAUGGUAGAUUCUCCAGAUCACAAACCAUUAUCCAGAGUGGAGCUGUAAUUGACUGUGAGGAUAAGAAUGGAAACACUCCUUUGCACAUAGCAGCACGGUAUGGCCACGAGCUACUAAUCAACACUCUUAUUACAAGUGGUGCUGACACUGCAAAGCGUGGCAUACAUGGAAUGUUCCCCCUCCAUUUGGCAGCCUUAAGUGGUUUUUCAGAUUGCUGCAGGAAACUUCUUUCUUCAGGAUUUGAUAUAGAUACCCCAGAUGAUUUUGGCAGGACCUGUCUACAUGCAGCUGCAGCUGGAGGGAAUUUGGAGUGCCUGAACCUUCUGUUGAAUACUGGUGCAGACUUCAACAAAAAGGACAAAUUUGGGAGAUCUCCACUACACUAUGCUGCUGCCAACUGCAAUUACCAGUGCCUGUUUGCUCUUGUGGGAUCAGGUGCAAGUGUGAAUGACCUUGAUGAAAGAGGCUGCACACCCCUGCACUAUGCAGCUACAUCAGACACGGAUGGCAAGUGUCUGGAAUACUUAUUAAGAAAUGAUGCUAAUCCAGGGAUCCGAGAUAAGCAAGGAUACAAUGCAGUUCAUUAUUCAGCUGCUUAUGGUCACCGUCUGUGUCUUCAGCUGAUUGCAAGUGAAACUCCCUUAGAUGUUUUAAUGGAAACCUCGGGGACAGACAUGUUGAGUGAUUCAGACAAUAGAGCAACAAUAAGCCCUUUACACUUGGCUGCCUAUCAUGGUCACCAUCAAGCACUGGAAGUGUUGGUACAGUCUUUGUUAGAUCUUGAUGUAAGGAACAGUAGUGGAAGGACCCCUUUAGAUCUUGCAGCAUUUAAAGGCCAUGUUGAAUGUGUGGAUGUACUCAUUAAUCAGGGAGCUUCAAUCUUAGUAAAGGAUUACAUUUUGAAGAGAACACCUAUACAUGCUGCAGCAACAAAUGGUCAUUCAGAAUGCCUACGGCUAUUAAUAGGAAAUGCAGAACCACAGAAUGCAGUAGAUAUUCAAGAUGGAAAUGGACAGACUCCUCUGAUGCUGUCUGUUCUCAAUGGGCACACAGACUGUGUUUACUCACUACUGAACAAAGGAGCAAAUGUAGAUGCCAAAGAUAAAUGGGGGCGGACAGCAUUGCAUAGAGGGGCAGUUACAGGCCAUGAAGAAUGUGUAGAUGCAUUACUUCAACAUGGUGCUAAGUGCUUACUUCGGGAUAGCAGGGGCCGGACACCCAUACACUUGUCAGCUGCCUGUGGACACAUUGGUGUUCUUGGAGCCCUUUUGCAGUCAGCAGCAUCUGUGGAUGCAAAUCCAGCCACAGUAGACAAUCAUGGAUAUACGGCACUUCACUGGGCUUGCUACAACGGUCAUGAGACUUGUGUAGAACUUCUUUUAGAACAGGAAGUUUUCCAGAAGAUGGAAGGAAAUGCCUUCAGUCCAUUGCAUUGUGCCGUGAUAAAUGACAAUGAAGGUGCUGCUGAGAUGUUAAUUGAUACGCUAGGUGCCAGCAUUGUGAACUCUACAGAUUCAAAAGGAAGAACUCCUCUGCAUGCAGCCGCCUUCACAGACCACGUCGAGUGUUUACAGCUGCUGCUCAGCCAUAACGCUCAAGUCAAUUCUGUGGACUCUUCUGGGAAAACACCUCUCAUGAUGGCUGCAGAAAAUGGACAAACAAAUACAGUUGAGAUGCUGGUUAGCAGUGCUAGUGCAGAUCUGACUUUACAAGAUAACAGUAAAAACACCGCCCUCCAUUUGGCUUGCAGCAAGGGUCAUGAAACUAGUGCCUUGUUAAUACUGGAGAAGAUAACAGAUAGAAACCUCAUCAAUGCAACCAAUGCAGCCUUGCAAACACCUCUGCAUGUUGCUGCCCGAAAUGGGCUAACAAUGGUGGUUCAGGAACUUUUGGGGAAAGGAGCAAGUGUGCUUGCAGUAGAUGAAAAUGGAUAUACCCCAGCUUUGGCCUGUGCUCCAAAUAAGGACGUGGCUGAUUGCCUGGCUCUCAUUUUGGCCACCAUGAUGCCUGUCUCAUCAAAUAGCCCUUUAUCAUCGCUAACUUUCAAUGCCAUUAACCGUUACACCAACACCUCAAAAACAGUCAGCUUUGAAGCCUUGCCCAUCAUGAGGAAUGAACCUAGCUCCUAUUGCAGUUUCAACAACAUUGGUGGGGAACAGGAGUAUUUAUACACCGAUGUGGAUGAGCUCAACGACUCUGAUUCCGAGACCUACUAAGAGGCUGAGCCGGAGGUCCAAAGAGGGAGUUCUAACACUAAAACUUCAAACUGUGCUUUUUCAGGGAAAUGGCACAUUCUUAUUCACAUACAAAUUUGAACUAAAAGGAAAGAUCAUAAAGUGAGUGAAUAUAAGAGAUGUGAUGACAUUCAGAAGAAGAAUUUUAAAGGCAAGUUUUGCAAAAGGAGCUUCUAGAAUCUUGAAAUAGACUUGAGCAGAGCAAAAUACUUUGAUGUAAAAUUGUAAUUUGGUUUUGCAGUGCCAGGAAUAAUUUGGGACACUGUGCACCUCAAUCUGCUUACACAAGCAACACUUGUAAAAGAAGAGAUAAGGACACUAGAUUUAAAUUUUAUCUAAUUAAACUACAACUGAAUUUAAAGGCAAUAAACAUUUGGUACAGUAGGCAUUAUGUGCACAGCAAAUUGCCAAAGGACCAAAUAACUUAAAGGCUUUUAAAAUAAAAUGCCAUUUUGUGGAAACUGGAGAAGGUGAAAUGAGACAUUAUUUAAACCAAACUAAUGUUUCUGAAAAACUGAAGCUAAGAUUUGGUUUUAAAUGUUGAUUUUUUAAAAGAAAACAUCCAAAAGCCUUCCAUUACAGUAUUAAACCAUGAAAGAAAGCAGAUGUAUUUUUACAUUUUUUUGUUUUACAUAAAAAUUUUAAAAUUCCAACUUUUAUAAUGUUAGAAUUGAAAACCAGCUGACUGGGUGCAGUCAGGGUGAAAAUACUUGUGACAGACAUGAGAUGGGUUGGGGUGGGGCUGUUGCCCAGUUUUGAAUGGCUUGGGUUUAAAAUUGAGCUAUUUUUGUUUAAAAAUGUAAAGAAUUUCCUAGAAGAACAAAAUCUCAUGGAAAUCAGAAAGAUUAUUUUCACCCUAUUGCAGCAGAAUUGGUCCUCAGGAGUGGAGUUUUCAACCUCACUACGUUGGAUGGUACACCUUUUUCAUAUGUUAUUUUUGUGCCUCCACAGCGGGUCAGGAGGUUUUUCGUUGUUGAUGUUGAUCGAGUUAGGAAAAGUGAAGAAUCAAAAUGAAAAAAAAAUCCCUUGUUAUUCAUAAGUCUUGGAAGGCAUUUCUAUCUUGGGCAACAUUUAGAUCCUGUUCAGAUUUAAAUUUUGUUUGCAGCAUGCUACUAUUUGGAAAAGAAGCAAUUGCCUACAGAAUUGGAAGACUGCCUUUCAAAUAACAAAAUAAAGAGAGGGAAAAGGCUGACAUUUUGGCUUUUAAGUAACAGUUUAUAUGGUUCUGCUUUUACUGUAAUUGUCACUUUUCCAGGGAAAGUGAUAUCAUACAUGUAGGGGGUCUUAUAGGUCUGGGUAAAUUUGCAUAAAUUGCAACAAAAUGAUAUCCAAUUUCAAUUUAUCCUUUUUGUAUUGUGAAACUGGAAACUUUAUGACAUUGUAAAUUAGCAGCUGGUUUUUCUGAAUAUAAAGUGUGAAAACACAGAACAGUAUUUUGAUCUAUUUGAUAAUUUUGUGGGUUUUUUUGAAGAAUUAAUGAGCAUGUACAUAGAAAUAGUGACUGCUUGAAUACUGUAUUUACUUGCACUCUUUCAGUACAUCAAGAUUCCUGUAUAUUUUAGAGUAUAAUAAAACACAGAUGUGAAUUGUA